UCAACCAAUUGAGCGCUCGUGUGGUGCUGCGCGUCUUCCGCUCCCUGGAUUAUUCACCGGUGUUUUCACGCAGUCUGCUCCGCGUCAACCUUUACUAGAAUGAGAGCCUUCACUUGAUCUAUUUUUUUUUUUAAAUCGAGGUGACAGAAUCGUUGUAUUUGAACUCCGAUGCCAAACUCAACGAUGAGCAAAAGUGGGAUGUUGAGUAAAAUCCUGACCAGGAUCCGAUGCGAGCCCUUCACUGCCCACUACGAGCUGGUCGGUAAAGAGCUCGGCAGGGGAAAGUUUGCGGUGGUAAAGAAGUGCAUCGAGAAGUCUACGGGGAAGCAGUACGCUGCCAAGUUUUUGAGAAAGCGUCGGAAGGGCGAGGACUGCCGCAUGGACAUCUUGAACGAGAUCGCUGUGCUGGAGUCGGCCAAGGCGAACCCGUAUGUGGUGGCUCUACAUGAGGUCUACGAAACCAACACUGAAAUCAUACUGGUCCUAGAAUGCGCCGCCGGUGGAGAAAUCUUCAACCAGUGCGUGGCCGACAACGACGAGGCGUUCACGGAGAAGGACGUGAUCCGGCUGGCGAGGCAGAUCCUGGACGGCGUGGCCUUCCUGCACCGGAACAACGUGGUGCAUCUGGAUCUGAAACCACAGAACAUCUUGCUGACCAGCGCCAGACCUCUGGGUGACAUUCGUAUCGUGGACUUUGGCUUGUCCCGACGCAUGGACAACAUCACAGAGGUCAGGGAGAUCCUGGGUACCCCGGAAUAUGUCGCGCCAGAAAUCCUCAACUACGAGCCCAUCAGCACAGCGACAGACAUGUGGAGCAUCGGCGUGCUGAUCUACGUCAUGCUGACCGGCGAGUCUCCGUUCCAGGGCGACGACAAGCAGGAGACGUUUCUCAACAUCUCCCAGGUCAAUGUGGAGUACUCAGAAGACACAUUCGAGGGCAUCUCUUCCCUGGCUGUUGACUUCAUCAAGUCGCUGUUGGUCAAAAAUCCCAGGAAGCGAGCCACAGCAGAGGAGUGUCUCAACCACCCCUGGCUGAACCCGCACUCGCACCCGCAGCUGCGCCACACCAGGUCGGACUCGCUCCUGGAAGAGCCGGAGAUGAGCCAGUCAGAGUCGGACCCAGAGAGCCCGGCUCCUUCCCCAGAAGUGGACUUGAUCGGGUCGUAUCUCACGUGCCCAUGCCAGGGCGAGCUGAAGACGGGCCGCGACACCUUCACCUUCAGCGAGACGCCCUUCCCCACCCUGCCCGAGAUUCAGCAGGAGCUGAUCUGCUGAGUCAGGCUCUACGGUGGACAGAAUCUGUCAACAGCCAGCAGGCUGGACUUGAUCUGAGUCAGGACCACGUUGUGUAUGAUGCUGUACGCUUCUACUGCUGUCAUGCAGGUCGAGCUUUUGGUCUUGUGUGCCUGAAUCUGUGCUGGUUUUAGCUGGCGUGGAAUAGGAAGGAGAAGUGAAGACGUCUUUUAGGUGGCCGCUGGUGUCUGCUUUCACCCCACUGGCCUUUAGAACCAGCUACCUGGAGUGAGUGGAGAGGUGCCACUCUGGUGGGAAUCGCCUUAACUCGCAGUGAAGUGUACCCUUUAUGGGCUUCGGUUCGAAAAGACAAGAUGGGAACUGAUUUUUGACUGUUUUUUUUUUUUUUAAAUAUGUUUAUUUAUAUACGUCUUUAGCCCCUUAGGUAAAAAGCCACAGUGAGUUGAAGACAAGGUAGCAUUCUAAAGUACAAUCUCGAGCACUUUUAUUUUAUUCUAUUUUGAUGGUAAGAAACCAAAGUCCUGACCAGCACAACAAAUGUCUUCCACCAAGUGCCACUUUGUCAACCUCACAUACAUUUCUCACUUUAAAUGUUGACGUUCUUUUGUGGGCUAUUGCACAACUUGCACGGUUUCUUUCUUUUUUUUUUUUUUGUGGGUACUUCACUGCAAAUAUGCAUGUAAGUUUCAUCCUCAAAUUGUUGUGGCAGGGCACAAACGUUUCAUGAGUUUGCAUUCAGAAGCUCUUGGUUAGAGAAAUUGGAUGUUCUCAAAAGCAGUAAAAUGUAUAUUAAGACGUAGUAUUAAGAUUAUUAUGUAAGAUAUUUUGUUUUCUACUUCAAAUUGUUAGCAUUGUUGUACCUUUUUUAUGAUAACCUGUACUCGUGUUUGUGUCGUUUUGUUUAUUCUGCUCAUGAAUUUCUGGCAGGUUUGCACUUGUCCUUGUGGACGAACUAUUAAAAUUUAAUAAAUGUUGUUGGCAUAUGUUGCAAAAUGUCAUGAAGUAAAAGAAAAUGCAUCUGGUAUCAAA